AUGUCAACACCUUAUAUCACAAACCCUUGGGACCCACCCCCACCCGGCAAGAUGGAUUGUGCAUCCUGCAGUCGAGUGGUUCCUCAUCUACGUACCACAAUCUGUGGUUUCUGCAUUGCAAAACAACAACCCCCCGGUCACCAGCUGGUCCAUUGUGACUUUUGUUCAAUUGGCUAUCCUCAUCUCACCGGAAAACCUCCCAUCUGCGGGGUAUGUCUUUCCAAGGGUCUCACAAGCUCUGUCAAAUGUCCCCGACGCAAUGCAGACAAUUUGUCUUUACCAGAAUCCAUCGUUGGAUCCAAACGCCCUCGAGCAGCAGAUACCUACAUUCAACCUCCAAGAAUGAACCCUAACCCAUCAACGUCUUUCCGUUUUGAAAAGUCCGGUCGUUUCCACACCCCAGAGGCCAAUCUUGCUAGCGAAGAGGAAUCCAGUUUAUGGGGCCGAAAAAGACGAAUGGAAAGUGCAGAAUCGAAGAAAGUGGGUGCCGCCAACACUAAGGGUGGACGUGCUCGACUGCCACUUACAGGAAUCUUAGGUCCGGCAUCUCGUGCUGCUGCUGUCAAUGUUACCGCUCAACUUAUUAUCGCUGGAACGCCGAAAUCAUUUACCACCGACAACGGCGUCAAAACAUACUCGAGCUUUAUAAACACUCAGGCACCUGAUUGGCCCGUCUCUUUUGCUAGAGAUGCGUGGAAUGACAUCAUCUCCUUUUGCAACAACGACUUGAAGUUCCCCUCCAAAAACCUGUGUUCAAUGUAUCAAAUAUUCCCUCUUCCAAUCGAGUUUUCAGAUCUCUACAUAUCCCUGGGUGUAGCCAAAGACCACAUGACAUAUGAACAGAUUCGAAUCUAUGUGGAAACAAAGGCCAUCAAAAAGUCCCAACGGGGCCCUUCGCCUAAAAUCAACAUCACCUUGAUUUUCACCCCAGGCGUGUACUUGCAACAUGUUUCUGAGGACGAAUAUGACAGCUCGAGCAAAGCUCUGCAUAUUUCGCAGAAAAAGAGGAUGUCGAAUUCAACCUCCGUUGACAGUGAGGGCACAAGUGCCUACUACGACGAGGACGAUUUUGAGGCUGCUGUCCGGCAAUCCCUUGAGAAACCCCCGUACGUACUUCGGUCUCAGGCAUCUGGCCUUUCGGCCACUACAUUUCCGGAUCCUCUUCAAAAGGGCCAGGGCCCUCCAGGCUGGUGGUUUGAUCCAAUCAACGAGAGCCUGCCACUGUUGGGAUCCAACACCGGCACCUCUGGAACUCUAGAAUCGGGAAGUGGUGAUAUGAGCAACUGCAUAGUCGGCAACAUGAACAUGCUGUCUGGCGUAUUAGGAUCUGACUUCGAAUCUUCCAACAAAAACAUGCCAGACCUCCGAUUUUUGGGUGAAGUCGCCGUGCCUAUAUCCACCACCUGGGCCAAUCCCACCCGUGCUCCUAUUUGGAAGAAUGUGAUUCUUCUUGCGAUUCACGUCGAACCAGUAUCAGAUAUUCCGGAGAUAGGUGCCCUCAAAGAGACAUUGAACUUGCAAAUUGACCCGUUGUUUGAAACCAUCCGAAAGGCUGGCAUAUCUGUCAAGCCUUGGCGAGUAAGCUUUCACGUGGACUUGAGUGACGUCCACCCAUCAAGUGUGUCCAAAGAACAGUUUGGCGCACAAAUCAUGUUUGAAGGGUCCUUAUUCAAUGUCUUGGCAAGAAAGCGCAUGGAGGAUAACUUGUUGGUUAACUAUCUAGAGGAGCUGCAGAUGAACUGUCAAGCACGUAAAUUACUUUAUGACUUUCAAGAAUUUGUAGCAGGUCAUCCUGGGGCAAAUACUUUACUGGUAGACCUGGUCAAAAAGCUCGAGGUUGUCCGUCUCUUCAUAAUAUCUGAGAAGUUGUGGACAUCCCCUGAUUCUAAUGACCUAUGGGCGGUUGAGACGUACCAGAAGGUUUCACCGAAAAAAUAUGUUAGCCAUAAAUUGCCAGUCAGUUUGGAAGAGAGUGAUUUACUAUUCCAGGCCCUUCAAGCUUGGUCUCACUGGACAUUCAACCUGUACAAAGGUGAGGCCUUCUUGGCCGAAAUUUCUGCCAAAGGACACGUGCUGUCUCAAUUUCAGAUGGUGGAUCGCGAGGCUUGGUGGUCAUCCGAAAAUUCAAGGGAAAAAGGUGUUGCAUCCUUCUUGAACUCGCAUAAAUGCUUGCCAACAUGUCUGGACCUAGGUUUUACGGCAGUCAAGAAAGAUGGAUACAGACCCAGGCGUGCAGCAACAGGCUUGCGAGCUUUGGAGACAAGCCCUAUGAAAGCUGCAGAUGCAGCGCACAGUCCUGAUGAUGAUGGUUCGGAUUGGGGAGGAAAUGUCUGUUCUACACAAAUCAGCAGUUCUUUUAUGAGUUGA